AGGUAUCAGGACUGGGAAUGAGGUUGCCGCGAUUCCGUCAACAGUUUACGACCAGGCAGUGAAAGCAAUGUGUGGAAGUUGUUGCAUUCUUGUAUUCUAUGUCUGUUGUGUUGGUUUUUCCGUACUGCCACCAAUAUUAGACGUGUGUAUGUACAACGUAAACUCAUAGACGCAUUCAUUGAUCGACCUUAUAAGCGUGUUUUGUGUAAUAACAUUUAAUCAUGUCUGAAAACUUUACUGAUGCGAAGCUGCAAAAGUUAAAGGUUGUUGAUUUAAAAAAAGAGUUGAAGACACAUGGUCUGUCCAUAGUUGGAAACAAAAGUGAACUUAUAGACCGACUAAAACACUAUUUGCGAGAAAAGCAUGGACUCCCCAAAGAUGAGGAAAAUAUUGAGAGUGAGCAUGGUGAACAGGACGACGACGAGGAAGAGUUUGGAGACGAGUUACUAGAGGAGGUUGACAGUGGGGAGGAGGGGGAUGUCAGCAUAGAUGCCGAUAUCACUCUUGCCCUAACAACGGGCGAGAAGAGUAUCGGUAGCCUGGACAGUAGCUCAGCAGAGGAAAAACAACCAGUUGUAGACCAGGCAAAUGAAAAACCAACAGAAUUUCACGAGAAAGUAGUACUUGCAUCACUUGCAGAUAUACCCGCAGCUGAUAGAAAAGCACAGAGAGCACAAAAGUUUAGCAAUGGGUCUACUGCUUUGGAUAAGUCAAGUGCCGACCCUGACACAAAGAAGAAAUUGAGAGCUGAGAGGUUUGGACUUCCCCUCAAGUCUGCUAGUCAGCCAAUAACAGGCGGCACUGAAUCUGUGAAAGCCGAUCCGGAUAAACUUAGCAAGCGGGCAGAAAGAUUUGGCUUGGUUACGAAAGAGACAAUCGAGAAUAAAAAGAUACAACGUGCCAAAAAGUUUGGAAUCUCAACGUCAACCACACCAGUUACAACGAGUGCAGAAGCAAAGGACCGUGAUGCCAUCUUAAACAAACGGAAAGCGCGGUUUGUAGAUGGAGCAGCAGCAUCGCUCACUGAGGCAAAGAAAAAGCGGUUAGAGAAGUUUGGCCAGCCAGCCUAAACCCAGCAAUGAGCUAAUAUGCUAAUUGUUUACACGUGCCCAUGUGUGUUUGUGUUAUCAAAUCCAAGGCGUAUUUAACGAUUUGGGAAUUAAAAUUAGGAUAAAUUGGGACCAACUUCCACAGAUAUUCUUGUCCGUUUGUGACCCAUUGGUUGCAGAUAUUUUGCUUGUAGUUCAUACUAUAUAUUAAUUGUGUUAAAAAGAUUUGAAAAUUACUUAAGGAUUGGUCAGGGCAAUAAUAUCUGCUGUAAAUGCUUGAAAUUACUUCUUGAAAAUAUAUCUUGGUAAAAAUUUCUUUGGGCAUGUCAACCAUUUGCCCUUUGUGGCAAUGUUUUCUCUAUCGCUCUGCGGGAAGUUGAGUGUAAUGAAGUAUGUGGAAGGGAAAACUCAUUUGGAGUUUCAUUUGUAUUUGGUAAAGAUAUAUUUUGUAUCUGCGAAGGUGGCAGCAAAUAUAUCUUUAGUGUUUUAUAAUGCAAUCAGUAAUCCUGAAAAGCGCAUUUUAUAAUUGGGGAGCAUGUUGUAUGUUAUCAAAUGGUCUCAUUAUUAUGGUGCGUUACUGUAGUGACAAAACCAUCUUUCUAGUUCAAUGCAUAGAGCAUUCCAGGUAGUUUAAUUUUAGAUUGAUUUUUGACACUAGUUUGACUUAGUUUGUGAUUCUAUAAUUUUAAAUGCAUUCAUAGCUGUUCUUGAAAGCUAUAUGUCAGGGUAAAAAUGAGUAUUUAAAUAUGUAUGUGUAUUGUCUCUGAUCAUGUCACAUAAAUAUCCAUACUAAAUGUACAACUUCUAAAUCAUAUCUCGAAAGCUCCCUUCUACCAAAACCCAUCACCAAAGUCCUCAUUAUGGAUGUCUAUUUCAACCUGAUAUUGAUGGGCUUGUUUUUUAGAGUUGGUGCUUGUACAUUUUAAACUACCAUAUUUUAGUGAAACGUUUAAGUAAACGUUUAUUAUAUGUAACAAGUCAACCACACAUUGAUUUUCGUGUAAUAAAAAUAUAGUUGUUUUUCAAUGCCGUAAAUGUGUAAAUUCUCUGUCCUGGUGUAUGUUCUGUAUGUAAUCAAUGUUUUCAUGAUCAAAUAACGAUUUCAUCAUAUCAAUGUAUCAG